UGUUUUCUCACCUGGAGUGUGUACACACGACAGGGUUUAAAAUUCAAGCCGUAAAGGAAGAGUUAAUAUAUCUGUCAGUUUCUUUUGCUUCCUGCGAAAUUUCAAAAAUUCAUUCAUUUGCUUCUCCGAUCCUCUCCCGUCCAAGCGUCGCAUUCGAUUUGUUUGUUACGAUAUAUGAACAGCACCCACAAAUGUACUCCGUGUUGAUUUACUGAUCAUUUCCCCUGCUAUAGAACAUUCAAUUUUCUUUCCAGAACUCAAGUGUUUGGGUCCGGAAAUCAGGGAAAAAGACGAGAGCUUGCUGUUUUUUUAAUGGCGUAACUCGGCCGCUUUGACUUGAACCGACUGGGUUCUCAUGAUCUAAAGUAACUCAAAGCUGGGAAAUGGCCCUAAAGCCGAAGAAAGUGUGGAAGUCGAUUAUGCCCUUCCAUUGGGGUGAAAAACCAGCAGCCCCCUUUUGCGUGUUCCCCAGAGAAAAGGCGGAUGUUUAUGGUCCCGGCGAUACGCCGGUUUAUCUUAACGUGUAUGAUUUGACACACGUGAAUGGUUUUAUCUACUGGGCUGGCUUUGGUGUCUUUCAUUCCGGCGUGGAAGUUCAUGGUGUAGAAUAUGCAUAUGGAGCUCAUGAUCUUCCAACCAGUGGUGUAUUUGAAGUGGAACCAGGGCAAUGCUCGGGCUUCAAGUUCAGGAAGUCCGUGCUUGUUGGGACCACCAGGUUGGAUCCCGGCGAGGUCAGAGAGUUUUUUGAGCACCAAUCUGAGAUCUAUAGCGGCGACACGUAUCACUUGGUCAUGAAAAACUGUAACCAUUUUUGUGAGGACAUAUGUUACAAGCUUACAGGCAAGAAAAUCCCAAAGUGGGUUAACCGGCUCGCAAAAUUAGGUUCAACAUUCAACUUCAUGUUACCAGAGGGCCUCAAAAUUGAUGGUGUACAACGGGACCCAAGUAGGCGCGAACAUGAACGUGAGAAGAGAAUGCUGAAGAUGGAUUAUUGUCGCAUUCCUUCCAUUUCAAGUAGCCAGAGGUGUUUUUCGGCAUCUUCUUUGUUCCUGCGAUCGCCAUUGAAAGCGUGCUUGCCAUCAUGGAAAUUGAGCAGGUCCACCAAUCUCUCCUUGAAGGAAAGAUGAGUAUGCAAUCCCCCUUAACUGUCUUUCUCUUCAAGAAAAAGACUUCCCUUUUUCUUUUUAAUGAAAAAAAUUUACACAAUGUAAGAACCAAGAACCCUUCAAAGUUCAAACCAGUUUGGGUAUGACACUCAAUUUUUUAAAAAACACAAUGUAAGAACAAGUGGGUCUUGAAUCCUAGGCUUUGGUUUUGUUUUUUU